AUGGCAUUCACUCUAAAGCAUGGUUUGAUUAGUGUUAAACCAGUGAUGAUCACCGGAGUUAACCAAUUUGGCCGGCCGACGAUGCUCUCCGUCCGAGAUGCAAAACAGAAGGCAGUUGAUAUCAAAGAGAAGGUUAAUAUGGCUGCUGAUCAGGUGAUGGACAAAACAAAGGAGGUGGCAGGGAAGGUGAAGGAGGUGGCACAAGACUUGGGAGAGAAGGCCAAGCAAACGGUGCAAGAAGCUUGGGACACAGCAAAGGACACUACCAUAAAAGUUAAGGACAGUGUCACAGGAGCAGCUCAUGAAGCUGAGAACACUGUUAAGGAUAAGGCUCAUGAUGCCAAGAACACUGUCAAGGACGCUGCUAAUGAUGCCAAACGUACCAUUAACAAUAACUAG